AUGGUUCCAGACCAGACUGCCUUCUGGUCUCACAUGUGCUUGCCACGGGUUGAGGAGGAGAAAGGAUGGAGGGAAGAGAAGGAAAAAAUAAAUAGGAGACCCGAAAGGCGGGCCGCACGGGUAAAAAGAAACAAAGCAGAGAAAUUCUGGGCUUCGUCGGCCGCCGUACCACCCGGAGAGUCAGUCGCUAUAGUAACAUCGGAAAGCGGCGGGAGGAGGCGACUUUGUCUUAAGCUUCUGGACCAACACAGAGCAGCCUGCCCCAUGGAUCUCACAGAGGCUUCCUCUAGCAAACUGAACCUAGACCGGGGUCCUGUGGUGAGUGUCUCCUUGCCCAUUCCUGCUAUCGUCUUCAUCAGUGUGGUUGUCUACUUGCUGCUGCUUAGCCUGGUGCUGCUGGCCAGACAUUAUUUGGUGGAGCAAGAUUGCUGCACAGACUGCAGAGGGUCCUGCAGGAAGGCAGAUGCCCCUGGUCCCUUUGAGUGUUGCCAGGGUUGUGCUGAAGCCUGUGACUUCCCUCUGCCCAGUCCAGCCCGAUGCUUGGAUGCCUGCUGCCCCCAGCCCAUGGAAGCAGGUUGGGCCCCCCAGUGCCCCAGAUGCUGCCCACUGUGUGACUGUGCCUGUGCCUGCCAGCUGCCUGACUGUCAAAGCCUCAAUUGCCUCUGCUUUGAAAUCAAGCUCAGAUGAGGAUCAUUUGCUCAUGGUUAUGGAACACUGCCUUCUCGAAGACCUGCCUCCCCCACAAUCCCAGAAACAUACCCUGGGAGUUGGGCCACCACCCCAGUGAAGCCUAAAAUGGCUAGCCACUUUCCUGGCAAGGGCUAGCUUGUCCUUUUGUCUUCAUUGGACCUAAGCAGAGAAGAACCAGGCUCUCCUAGAAAGAUGCAGAGAACAGUUACACUUAGAAGCAUCCAAGCCUUUUGAGAGCUGGGACCUCAAGCACCUUGGAGAAAAU